CUUCCCCGCGCCGAAAGCGCAGGUAUGUUCCUAGUCUUGAGCGGGAGAAAAUUACCCAGCUCGGAGCACCUGGCCAGUGGGACCGGUGGGUUCCUGGUGCCUGAAUCCGGCUGUCCGCUCUGCGGUGCCCCGCCCCGCCCCAACCCAGGAUCUUCCCAGCCCUCGUGUGUCCCCGCUCACUUCAGUUCCCGCCGCGCGCCUUCUUCUUGGUCUUCUGGCCUGGCGGCGAUCGUCGGCCAGUUUAUCCCUCGGAGUUGCGCUGGCAGACACGCCGCUACUUUGUAGCGGGUUUCGGGCGGGCCACGCGUGCGGCGACAGGAACCCAACCCCGGCCGACCUUGGGCUCCAGGAAUUCGUUGUCUACGUCUGCGGAGGUGCGGCAGCCUCAGUUUUAAGCGCAGGAAGGCAAUAGAGGCUGUGCUCUGAACCUUUCCCUCACGAUGAUCUUCUGCCUGUUGACCAUCCUGGUGUCUUUCCCAUGUGGCCCUGUAUGGUUGGCAUGGUUCCUGUCUUUAGGACUUGUGAUCAAAUAUAUCUGAAAGUUUUUAGAAGAAAAGAUGUAUUGUAACCUCCCUGGAAAAAGAAGAGACCUUAUGAAGUACUGCUAACCACCUACAUAGUCAUCAAAAUAAAAUUCCUGAAUUUGUACAAGCCACAGGAAGCUAGGUUGAGAUCAUCACAUGACAACUGGAAGGCCAAGCCUAUGGGUUACCUCAAAUUGAGGAAUUUCGGCACCUACUCACAGGCUCCAUGAGCAGAUGAAGUAGACAGCUUUACUCAGUAUCUCAGACCAAGAACUUCGUCUCCAUCUCCACCUAGCUGAAACAUCUUCCCUCCUCAACCUGGAAAAUUCUCUGACUUAGAAAUUUAAACAAAACCCUCCCCUUUCAUUGAAUCUCCAUUGUCUGGAGUUUGCUUGCCUUAAUCUAGCCUGUUCUCCCUCUGUUCCUCCACUAUGGGCUCCCUUUCAAACUAUGCCCUGCUUCAACUAACCCUUACUGCUUUUUUGACAAUUCUAGUACAACCUCAGCACCUGCUUGCUCCAGUUUUCCGGACACUAUCUAUCUUGACUAAUCAGUCUAAUUGCUGGUUAUGUGAACAUCUAGAUAAUGCAGAACAACCCGAACUAGUUUUUGUUCCUGCCAGUGCAAGCACCUGGUGGACCUAUUCUGGACAAUGGAUGUAUGAAAGGAUGUGGUAUCCACAAGCAGAAGUACAGAAUCACUCUACUUCCUCCUAUCGUAAAGUGACUUGGCACUGGGAAGCCUCCAUGGAAGCUCAAGGUCUAUCCUUUGCUCAAGUAAGGUUAUUGGAGGGAAAUUUUUCUCUUUGCGUAGAAAAUAAAAAUGGCAGUGGACCCUUCCUAGGUAAUAUACCUAAACAAUACUGUAAUCAAAUACUAUGGUUUGAUUCUACAGAUGGCACCUUCAUGCCCUCUAUAGAUGUUACAAAUGAAUCCAGGAACGAUGAUGAUGAUACAAGUGUUUGCCUAGGCACUAGACAAUGUUCCUGGUUUGCAGGUUGCACAAACCGGACCUGGAACAGCUCAGCUGUUCCCUUGAUUGGUCUGCCCAAUACCCAAGACUACAAAUGGGUAGAUCGAAAUUCUGGAUUGACCUGGUCAGGUAAUGACACCUGUCUCUAUAGCUGCCAAAACCAAACCAAAGGCCUUCUGUACCAGCUAUUUCGCAACCUAUUUUGCUCUUAUGGCCUGACAGAGGCACAUGGGAAAUGGAGAUGUGCAGAUGCCAACAUAACUAAUGACAAAGGUCAUGAUGGACACCGGGCCCCCAGCUGGUGGCUCACAGGUUCCAAUCUGACCUUGUCUGUGAACAACUCUGGCCUCUUUUUUUUGUGCGGCAAUGGGGUGUACAAAGGGUUUCCACCUAAAUGGUCUGGGCGAUGUGGACUUGGGUAUCUUGUACCUUCCCUCACCAGAUACCUCACCUUAAAUGCUAGCCAAAUUACAAACCUGAGAUCCUUCAUUCAUAAAGUAACACCCCAUAGAUGCACCCAAGGAGACACAGACAAUCCACCUCUGUAUUGCAACCCCAAGGACAAUUCAACAAUAAGGGCCCUUUUUCCAAGUUUGGGAACUUAUGAUUUAGAAAAGGCAAUUCUAAACAUUUCCAAAGCAAUGGAACAGGAAUUCAGUGCCACUAAGCAGACCUUGGAAGCACACCAAUCAAAAGUUAGCAGUUUAGCCUCUGCAUCCCGAAAGGAUCAUGUCUUGGAUAUACCGACCACCCAACGACAAACGGCUUGUGGAACUGUUGGCAAACAGUGUUGCCUCUAUAUAAAUUAUUCGGAAGAAAUAAAGUCUAAUAUACAGCGUCUCCACGAAGCAUCCGAGAACCUGAAGAAUGUACCGUUACUUGAUUGGCAAGGCAUAUUUGCAAAAGUGGGAGACUGGUUCAGAUCAUGGGGCUAUGUGCUUUUAAUUGUUCUUUUCUGCUUAUUCAUCUUUGUUUUAAUCUAUGUUCGUGUCUUUCGCAAAUCUCACAGAUCCCUUAACUCCCAACCUCUGAACCUAGCCUUAUCUCCACAGCAAUCAGCACAGCUCCUUGUCAGUGAAACUUCAUGUCAAGUUUCAAAUAGGGCAAUGAAGGGACUAACAACCCAUCAAUAUGACACAAGUCUACUUUGAGAAUAUCUGAAUAAAGAGCAGCUGCAGACAAAAAGCCUUAGCUAAACUUUGAUGAGUAAAGCAGGUCUUACCGAGAAUUCAGCUGCCAAAACCCUCCUCUGAGUGUUCCUCUUAUAAGGGCACUUAGCACUAGGACCUCCCAAGGUAUUGCAAAUAAGCCUUAUCAGAACUUUUUGUAGUUUCAUUCUGAAGCCUUAAGACACACACCAUGAAGCUGAUCUGUAAACCCUUACCCCUUGCUGUUCAGAGAGCUACUCUUUAUAGUGUUCCUGCAUGCAUAUAUAAUAAAUGUUUUUUCUAUUGA